CCCCUCCUCCCCCUCACUCGCGGCACGCCAUGCAUACACGGUGGUUUGUAUUGGGCCUCCUGACCCUCUCCGCGUCUCUUGUCGCUGCCCUCCCUUCGGCUGCACCCGCAUCGCAGCCCAUCCUGCGUGAUGUGUCCGCGGGAGCCGCCGAUCUGGCCGUAUUAGGACUUCACGAUCUAACAAAACGAGACGAACAUGGACAUCACCACGGUGCUCCCCUUACGGAGCUGGAUGAGACCCAGAUCUUGCAGGGACACGCGCCUACGCCGCCCUCAUAUUGGACGAUAGACAUUGACGAACCCGGAGAUGAGCCCCGAUAUCCUGGGCUGAUGGCCGCACAUGCUCUUUUCAUGAGUCUUGCGUUCUUUGGCGCUUUGCCUGCGGGAAUUGCGCUUCGGAGCGUGAAGCACGCGUGGCACGGAGUCUCCAUCGGGCUGUUCUGGGGUUUUGUAGUCUUGGGUGUUUCGUGUAGCGCGCUGUACCGCAAAAUGACACCGAAUAUGUACGAAGGUCAGGUGCACUCUUCGCACGGAUUCGCCGUCCUCCUGGUCGCCGCCGUGUUGUCGGUCAUCGAUGCGCUCGCAUUCUUUGUCCGACUAUUUAAUUACCUGCGCUCCGUCCGUGCGAACCCCGGCACGUUCUCCUUCAAGUCAUUCUGGCGCAUCGUCUUUCUCAACCAAGAUGAACAUGGCCUGGGCUCCUCCGCAGAAUACGCCGGUCUUGUACUGGAGGAGGAUCCGGAGGAGUUGGAGGAGCACCAACUCCACAAGCUAGGCGAACUGGAAACCGUCUUCAACGUCGACGAUGUCCACGAUAACCACAAUCCUACCUCGGAGUGGGUCAACGGCAACCGCCCAACCGUUCACCGCCAGAAUUCGGGCUCGUCCGACCGGUCCCGCCAUUCUGAAGAAACAUUGAGAGAUCCGACGACUCCGGUGCGGACUCACUUCUCAAGGCCCCGGCCGAGAACCUCGCUCGUGCUCCGCAUCGGCAACGGUAUCUUCGCAACGAUGGAGCGUGUGCUUGUCUUCGCCGCAUGGGCGCAGGUCACCGAAGGCAUCGUGGUCUACACUGGCGGCUGCAGACAAAACUAUCUGAAUGGAUGCUUGGCUCAUAUCAUCAAGGGAAGCAUCUUCUGGUGCUACGGUCUGGCGUCCUUCGCUCGGUUCUUGGGAGCAUUCUCAUCCAUGGGUUGGGCUUGGAACCGAGCUCCUCAUGGCGAUCGCUACCCUACUGCUGAGUUCACCGAGUGUUUUGUCAUCUUCCUGUACGGUGCCACGAAUACCUGGAUGGAGCGUUUCGGUGCGCAUCCUGGCGACCCCUACACCACAAAACAAAUCCAGCAUAUCGGUAUCGCAGUCAUGUUUUGGUUCGCUGGUCUGGUUGGGAUGGGUAUCGAGUCCAAGACGAUUCGUCGUUGGCUUGCGUCUGGCUCGAGCAUUGUUUCAGACGAAUUGUCUCCGGGGCAAGCCAUCGAAGAACCUGCUAGCUACCGCGCCUCGUUCAACCCUUUCCCGGCCCUCGUCAUCGGUGUGACCGGCGCUGCCAUGGCUGCGCACGCCCAGACGUACCUCUUCCAGGUGCAGAUCCACUCCCUAUGGGGCAAUCUCCUCCUCGGAUUCAGCGUGUUGCGAUGCCUCACAUAUUUCUUCAUGUGGCUUGGCCCCCCGCGUUCCAUCCUGCCUUCGCGUCCGCCAACGGAGGCGCUCGGCAGUUUCUUCCUUGCCUGCGGUGGCCUCGCGUUUAUUUCAUCCACUGAAGAGAUCACUCUGGCAGCUAUGAGGCGUGGCCGUGAUGAUGUUAUGAUGUUCCUCAACGUCACUGUCGCUCUCACAUGUCUCGGCUUCUGUUGGACUCUGGCCGUUGUGCUUUUCAAGGCAUGGCUCCAGUCCCGCACACAUCCCGCGCCGUCUUUCCGCAGUCCACUCUAAUCCUGGGACGAGUUCCCGGGUUUACCUCCCAUCAUCCACCUGUAUCCUUUUGAUAGCGCUACCCCCAUCCAUUCUGUUGUUUGUGUUGCAUCGCUGGUCCCCCACGCAUAACUUUUAUUCACGCAAUGUAUUACUUACCAUAUUCGCUAUGAUCUUCUUCGAUGACCCACUAAUGCCCAUCCUAUACCUG